UUGCAGACCACUUUGGUACGUUGCGUGAUACGAAUCGUAAAUUUAAUUUAUUUUUUUUUUAACAUUAUUUUUACAUUGUAAAUUCAUUCAAUAAUAAUAAUAACUAUUUAAUAUUGUGAAAUUAUAAUAGUUAUAUUAAAAAUUCAUUUGACGCUUUUGAUGAAUGAGAAGGUUUUAUUUGUUCGAGCUUGCAAGGGUUGAUAGACUGAGGAAUAAAAACAAAUAAAAAAAAAUAGUUGAUUUUUUUAUGAGAUUUGAUCGCGCGUGGCACUGACCUGCCAGACGGUCAACUUGUUCUAUCCGGGAUUUGUUAUUUAUUUAUUUUAAAAAAAUAUCUUGUAAUUAUUAAUUAUUUUUUUUCAUUUGAACAAUUAAUAAACUCGUGAAAAUUAGAAAAAUAUUUUUUAUUCAAAUGUGAAUUUUGUGAAUUUUAAAAAAUUAUUAUUGUGUUGGUAAUAUAAACAUUAAUUACUUUUAUUUAUUUAUUUUAUUUUCAAUUAAAAAGUGAAGAUGAUAAGAGUGAUGUUAUUUUUAAAUAUUGAUUAUUGUGAAUUAUUCGAAAAAACUAUUGUGUAAAAGUGAAUUUUAAGCGGAGUAUUUAUAUUUGCUGAAUUUUGGACAUGGUGAAGGGGCAUGUUGGUAUACUGGCGUUUGCUGAUCGCAGCUGGCAUUGCGGCAGCCACAAAUGGCUUGUCAGCUGCAUCCGCUAGUUAUCAAGAAAGUGCCAGAUAUUCAAGUUAUUCUGGCAACACUGGUUAUCCUGGUGAAAUACAUGAUGACACAAUUCAUCCGACAACAAUAAUAACAGCAACAACAAUAACAACAACAACACCAUCAAAAGCAAUUGGAUGUAGACCAUCUGAAUUUACAUGUAAUAAUAAACACUGUGUUGCACAAGAUAAAUUUUGUGAUGGGGAAGAUGACUGUAAUGAUAAAUCAGAUGAGCCAAAAUACUGUACACCUUGUAAUAGGACUCUUUAUGGCGAUGUUGGACGAACUUAUGAGGUGGAAGUGCGACGACCCAGAGAAGAUCGACUUCCAUUUAUCUGUCAUUUAAAUUUUACUGCUGGUGGUGGUGAUCUUGGUGAUUUGAUUCAGUUGACAUUUGACACGUUCACCGUUGGACGGUUUUUAUCAUUUACAAAUGAAGGAUGCCCAGAUGGUUUUAUGACAAUACGAGAAGAGGGUCGUCCAGCAACGGGUGGCCAAUGGUGUGGCAGUGCCUGGGGCUACACAGUUUAUUACAGUGAAACACAUUCAAUCAAUCUCACUUUAUAUCUCGCAAGAUUAUCUGAGCAGGGUAUUGGAUACAACUUUGACUUCAAGUUAUCAUACAAGUUUUUAAAAAAAAGUGAAGCACACCUGAGAUACGGUAAUAAUACAAUGUCAACAUGGCGUGGUGAACUUGUUAAUGGUACAUAUUGUGACAGAAUAUUAACAAGAUGUGAUACAAGAGCAUGUCGUUUACAAUCACCAAAUUAUCCUGGUGUUUAUCCAAGAAAUGUCACAUGUUAUUAUAAAGUUGAACAUAAUCGUGCACCACCUGGACAUCGUGCAUUACUAUCAAUUAGUCAAAAAAAUAGUCAUAAAAUUCAUAUUAAAGAUCAAGUUGUCAAGUACGAUAGAAGUCAACGAAUAUUAAGAGUAUGGGAACAGUGUAAUGUUGUUCAAGAUUAUCUAACUGUUUAUGAUGGUGGUACAACAUUAGAUCGUGUACUUGUACGUUUAUGUGGUGGUGAUGCAAUACCGGAUAUUGUCAGUAGUAGAAAUACAAUGUUACUUGAAUUUCAUACAUCACCAUAUGACAAUCCAUUUCAUCCAGUACCAUUGUCAUUUCUUCCUGGUUUUGAGCUUGAUGUUAAAGUAUUAUUUGUCGAUGAUAAAUCAAGUACAUUUGUUAAUGAUCAUUUAAAUUGUAAUUUUUAUAUAUCAAGUUAUGAUAAUUUAUCUGGUUUAUUGGAAAAUCCAAAACAUUCAUUACCACCAAAUACAACAUGUCGUUAUCAUUUUAAAGGUAAAAUUAAUGAAAUUGUAUGGAUAUCAUUUAUUAAAUAUUAUGCUGCAAAUACUGAUCCAACAACUAGUAUUGAUAAUGGUAAUGAGUGUAAUACUAAAUUACUUAUUUGGGAUGGUGAUCAAUCAUCUGAUAAAAAAAAUACUAAAAAAACAUCAAAAUUAAUGGGUCAAUUUUGCAAAGAUGACAUACCGUUACUUUGUGAUCAUAGUCUUUUACGUAAUAGUAGUCGUCAUACACGUCCUUGCAGUUUAUCUGAAAGUUAUGUAUCAACUGGUAAAGAUUUAACACUUGAACAUAUACUACGUCAAGGAAGUGCACUAUAUCCAAUAAGUUUUGUUUUACGUUAUGAAUUUGUUCAUAAUUCAAUAUCAUGUGAUGAAAUAUUUUCAUCAUCAUCAAUUAAAUCAACAAAUAAAUCAACAAUUAAAAAUAAUAAUAUAUUAUCUGGUAAAUUUACAUCACCAAAAAGUGUAUUUUUUUAUGGUCGUGGUGGUGCACAAAAUUUAAGCUGUACAUAUAAAUUUGUAACAGAUAAAAAUCAUAAAAUUGAAUUAAUUUUAAAAAAAGCAUUAUUUGGUGAUAAAAAAUGUAUGACAUAUAUUGAUCCACUUGUUAAUCGUUGGACAUGUGAAAGAAAUAAAUAUGACAUUAAAAAUAAUGGCUAUGCUGAAAUAAUAAUAUCAGAAACACCUUGGCAAGGUAUAAAACUUUAUCGUGAUUGUUUAUGUUCAAAUAUAAAUGAUAAUAAUAUUAUUAUUAUUAAAUCAUUAACAUCAAAUAUUGUUGAAUUAAAAUUUACAAUAAUACAUAUGAAUAUUAGUCAAGAUUAUAGUGAUUAUUUAUUUGAUGGUGAAUAUAAUUUUAUUGAUAAUAUUAAUGAUAAAAAUAAACAAUCAUGUCCAUCAAGAUUUGAUGAAAGACGUUUACGUGGUACAAGUGGUGAAAUAUCAUUAAAAAGUCCAUUUCCAAAUUAUUCAAAUGACGUUGUUGCUGUUGAUGAAAUACUUAAAAAUACUGAAGAUGUUACAGCAACACAAUGUAUCAAUGAACCAUGGCUCAUUGAACCAGAAGAUACAAGAAUUAAUUUUCUAUAUUUACGUACUAAUGGAUUUUCAAUAAAUAAUGAUAAUAUUCAAGAUUGUAAUACACUUAAUCGUAUUAUUGUUUAUUCAGCUGAUAAUACAUAUGAAAAAAGUAUAAUAUGUCCAGAAAAUAAUAAUGAUAAAACAAAAACUGUUGAUUUUUUUUCUGGUGGAUGGAAUUAUUCAGCAAUAAAUGGUACAUUAACUAUGAAUUCAAUGCUACAACAUUCACGUAGUUUUAUUGUUGAAUUUUUACAACUUGAACCUGGUUAUUAUGCUGUAACAUGGAUUGCAAUAACAAAACGUGCAAUGCCAGAAAUAACUAAUGAAAAUUCAAUUAUUUUAUCGUCUGAUGAUCAAUGUCCAUACAGAUGUCCAGAAAUACAAGCUUGUAUUAGUUCAGUACUUUGGUGUGAUGGUGUACGUCAUUGUCCAUCUGGUUUUGAUGAAGAAGAAGAUAAUUGUUCAUACAGAUUUGGUGUAACACUUCUUUAUGUUGCAAUUGGUGCUGGUACAUUGGGUAUAUUUUUAAUAUUAUUACUAGCAACUGGUUGUUUAAAAUAUUGUUUGUAUCGUCAUAAAACACGUAAAAAAAAAAAAAAUGUUGCAUUAAAUGUUAAUCAUUUACAUGUUAAUCAUACACAUCAACAUAAUGGUAUUACAAAUAGUAAUAAUAGACUUGGUGAACGUUAUAGUAUUACAACACCUCAAGAUAUGUACAUGGAUAAUUAUGGCAAAGAUAGUAUUUGUUGACAAUACGCCAUUGCUGAUGUAGAAACAACUGUGUGAUCAUUUUAUUAUUUUUUUUGUAAUUCAAAAUCAUUUCAAUAUUUUAUACGUAAUUUUAUUUUUUAUUUAUUCGAAAUAAUUUAUUAAUUGAUCACAUUAAUUGUAUUUAAAAAAAGUCAUACACAAUUAAAAAAUUUUACUACAAGUAAAAUGGAGCAAUAAAUAAAACAAAAAGUACGAAUUUGAAAAUAAAUAAUCCUCGAAAAUUUCAAAUUUAAAUUUAUAAAUUAAAUAUUAUAAGAAAUAUUAAGUAAAUUUUUACUGUAUACACACAAAGUGAUUAAAAAUAGUUUUUGUAUUUUUUUUUUAAAUUUUCAUUUUAAAUUAAGUUGAUAAUUGAUAUUGUGCUCUUUGGCAAUCCUGCAAAACUUGCUAAUGAAAAUAAAAUAAGAAGAUUUUCUUUGAUGGUGUGGUGUUGAUGAUAAGAAUGUUCUUUUUUCUAAUUUUUUUUUUUUUUCGAAAGAAAGCAAAGGACUAUUUCUGUCGUGCCAAAUAAUGAUUUACUGGAUUUGUGAAGUUUUUAAGAUUUCAAACAUGAUACGAGAGAAAAAAAAAAAGCAGCAUUAGUAAUUAAAUUGAAAAAAAAAAAAAGGAAAAUAAAGUUUUGAGGACUGAGGGCUGUGCAGAGUUGCGUGAACCAGGCUAAGGGAGGGAUUGAAAAAAAUCAAUAAAUUUGUUUGUGUAUGUAUGAAACAAUUUAAAAGAAUUUUUUUUUUUGCAAAUUGUCACUCAGACUAGAUCAUUAUCUUCUUAAAAUAAUAUUAAUAAUAAUAAUAAUAACAUUAAUAAUAAUAAUAUGAAA